AUGGCGCCUAUUAUAAAGCCGUCUAAUCCUACUAACACUGCUCACAAACGAACAGCUAGCAUAGCUCUCUCACCUCGGGCAAACUUAAAAAACAAAUUCUCACCUUUAUUGGAUUUAGCAGAUACUGACAACGACCAAUCAGACAACAUAGAAAUUGAUACGCCGGAGGUAAGACAAAAAAUACCACCUCUCUAUGUUUACGAUAUCACAGACUAUAUUGACUUUCGCGACAAAAUAACACCAAUGAUAAUAAUUGAGUUUAGCAUAGCUAACAAAAAUACUGUCUUGAGACUAAAUCUCACAUCGGUCGAUGACUACCGCACUGUCACUAAAUACUUCACCGAAAUCAAAAUAAAAUAUCACACGUAUCAAUUACUAGAAGACCGAAUCUUAUCCGUCAUAAUUAGAAACCUCCCCACAUCUAUACCUGAAGAACAAAUCUUUAAUGCAGUUACUGACUUAAACUUCACUGUAGUCUCAGUAACUCGACUCCAAAAUAAAUAUAAAUCUUCCAUACCGAUAGUAGCGGUACUACUCGAAAAAAUGGCAAAAGGCAUAUUUUCGGUACACCGUCUACUAAACUGCAUUAUAUCUAUCGAAAACCGUAAAACUGAUUCUAACAUACCUCAAUGCCAAAAUUGUCAAAGAUUCCAGCAUACCAAAAAUUUCUGUAAACUUCCGCCCAGAUGCGUAAAAUGUUCGGGAGAUCAUCACUAUUCCGCCUGCACAAAAGAUUCAUCUUUCCCCCUACCUGUGUACAUAGCUAUAAUCCAUCCGCUCAGACCACGCCUGGGCCGGAAGACGACGCUAAUGAUAGCCGCCGGCAUCUGGGUGGUGGGCACGAUACUGUCCAUACCGAACCUGAUAUUCUUCACCACGUACACGGAACGGUUUCCCAACGGCGAGCAACGAGUCAUAUGCUACGCCGAGUGGCCGGACGGCAUCACCACUGAGAGCUUUCAGGAAUACGUUUAUAACGUGUCGUUUAUGAUAAUAACGUACUUCAUGCCCAUUGGUCUGAUGAGUUUCACCUACGCGAUGAUUGGUCACGAGCUGUGGGGAAGUCAGAGCAUUGGAGAAUGUACGCAGAGGCAGCUGGAACACAUCAAAUCCAAGCGACGAGUGGUGAAAAUGAUGAUCGUAGUGGUGACGAUUUUCGCCAUAUGUUGGCUGCCGUAUCAUAUAUACUUCAUCGUCACCUCUCACAUGCCGGAAUUGACCACGGAGCCAUACAUACAAGACGUGUACUUGGCGUUCUACUGGCUAGCAAUGUCCAAUUCCAUGCAUAAUCCUAUCGUCUACUGCUGGAUGAACUCAAGGUUCCGCCAAGGAUUCAAGCAGUUCUUCUCGUUCGUGCCGUGCAUCAACGUGAGAACCGGAAGCCUGAUCCGGCGGGAAGUUGUCACCAGCAGGCACCGUUUGCAUACCUUUGAACCACCUGUGCGCCGACAACGGGAGCGGUCACUUGAGAGUUCCGGCGGCCCACUGGAGGCAGUCGAGAAAGCACGGGUCCGACAGCAGCGUCGGCGAGGCGAGCACCAGCAGCUUCAGCUUCAACACGACGGCGGCGGCGGCGGCGGCGGCGGUGGACACGGUGACGGGCAGCAGCAACGCGAGCAGCGCCGGCAGCCGGAGGACCGUGCACGGAGAAAAUGCAAAUUCCGUGUCCUGACGACGACCGUCGCGGGACGACCGACCGGACCUCGGCCCCCGUCGCCGUCGGUCGUCGUCGACCGGUGCCACUACUCCGAGGAACGCGGCCGCAGCGCAGCAGAUCUGGAUCUGAUGACCGAGUUCGUGUCCAUGGCCGCGGCCACCGCGUGACUGCGGCCACGGAACCGGAGACGGCGGUGGCUGUUCGUCGUGACGCGUACCACCGUGGUCCGCGGUGACGACGCGUCUCGCGACGGACAAGCAAAACGCGAUUCAACAUUACUAUUAUAAUCAUCGUUAUUAUUAUUAUUAUUAUUAUUAAAGACCGGAUUUAAUAGAUAUUGCAACUUUUUAUCGACAACCAGGUAAAUCAAAUCUGAUCAAAUACGUAUACGAAUCGGAUUCCUUACAGUCUUCCUGUUUAAUUAAACGAUUUCGCAAUUUUUGUAUACUUCACGUGAUAGUAUAUACAGAUUAUUAUUUCUAAAGUAAUUUCACGAUAAAAAUACAACUACAACGUACAUGUUUACAUGUAGUUAAAUGAAAUUUAGCAUUUUUAAAAAUUAUAUUUAUCAGAGGUAUCCAUAAAACUCAAAAGUUUAGAAGAA